AUAUAGUAUUUUGUAACCGUUGCGUUCGUUUUCGCUUAGAAUUUGAUUGGACGGAAAUAUUUUGAUUUACGUGUUUUUGUGUAUAAUAAAGUAGUGAGUUAACUAUUCAAUGCUUAUCAUAAUUUCGGUACAUAUGAGUGUAUAAACUAAGCCAUAAUAAUGAUAGAAACACCAAUUAUAUCUACGCCGGGUCUAACUAGAAUAAGUAUUGGCGGGAGCAGUAAUAGUUCUAUCAGAAGAAGGACCCUCAUACCGCAGACAAGGCCACCAGGAUCUAAAAAUGAGGAGCGCAAUGAUGAUGAUGCAGAGAGAUCGUCGUUGGUGGCGUCGGAGCGUGCGAUGGCGACGUCCACACCUCAUGCGGCGUCACCCCGGCGAGGCAGGGACACCAUGUCUUCAUCACCACAGAAGGAACAUUUCCAAGGCUGCCUUAAGCUGUAUGCUGAAAAUAAAAUAACAAAAGACAAUGCUUGGAAUCUUCAACUGAUUGACUUUAUGUCGUCGAUGUUGCGGCGCCAUGACUCCCGUAUGGAGAACCUUCAGACUGCUUCCACAGUGGUGGAUGCAUCAGCUCGGAUCUACUCGUUUAGGGUUGAUGCUGUUCACUAUGAUGUGCUCAAGAUGGCUGGUGGACUUGUUAAAGCUGCUCAAACUAAAAGAGGUAAGAAGGAUGAUGAUAACAUACAAGAUGAAGGGGCAGCGGAUGGUGAUGGUGCAGCACUCACUCAGAAGAAGAAGAAAAAGAAGUCGAAAGGCGCUAUAGCUGCCAAUCCUGAGGUUUUUAACGGCGACUUUGAUGCUAAUGAUUGUAUAGAUCCGUUCUUUGAGCGGCUGGCAGCAACAACUGGUGACGUGACGGCGUCGAACCGAGCGUUCAAUGCGACGCUUCCUAUUCAUGAUAAAACACUAUCAUUGAUAUUAAGGACUGAUGACCAAUUCCUGGAAGAAAUAAAAGAGAACAUUCCAGAAGACAAUUUAAUAGAUCUUAAAGAGUGUAUUACCAUAUCAUCAAAGCUGCUGCCUGCAUUUACUGAGAGUGACCACAUUUGUGAGCCUUUUACUGGCUUUUCUAUUAGCAACUGGGAUCCCAGCACUGAAGACACUGACAAUAGAGUUACCAACUGGGUGGAGGAGAACAGACUAAACCUGUCCCAGCAAGCGCUCGCGUUUGACGUCAAUGCUGAAGUAGAGCCAAUACCACAAGAUGAGCAGCAUAAUGACCUAUAUGACGACGAGCCCCUGGGCGGCAUCGAGAGCGAGGAGGAGGCGGACGUGGCGGUGGCGGCGUGCGUGGCGCGCGCGGGCGGCGCGGGCGGCGCGGGCCCGGCGCGGCUGGCCGACAUGCGGCCCGCCGCCGCCGCGCACUCGCGCCUGGAGUACUCCUACUGCGGGGCCGUCGUGGCCGCCUGGGCCGGGCCCGCGCACUGGCGCCUCAAGAACAACAGGACUUCAAAGAUGACGGAACGUACGCAGUCAACUGCCGGCCGUUUAACCGUAGAAGGCAAGAAACCACCGCGGACCAAACGUCAGCUAGACUUCCUCGGCGCCGGUCUUGCGUUUGACUGCCGCUCGGAGCCGGUUGGCGAGUAUGAGCCAACACAGCCGGCCAAGAUCAUGAUCAGCAGGAAGACGCUGGCUACUGGACAUACGUGGAAUGAGGCCAACUUUAAAACUCCUAUUGAUAGAGGUCUAGACGAAUCUCAUUUCCGCAAGCUGUUCCUCCGUCAAAACGUGAUGAUGUUGCGGAAGCGAGACUUGGAGCAGAGCAAGCAACCAGAGCCUGAACCAGUCACCGUGGAAGAAGCAAGAGAUUACGACUAUAAUAAUGAAAAUGAUGCGUCCUACUGCCCUAAUAAUAUACCGGAUGGCGAUGAUUGGGGCAACGAAGAUGCGACGGCAGCCGGCGAACUGCACGACCAAGUGAAAGCGGCUGAACCUGAGGAAAUCACCGACAUGUUGGAGCCUCCUACUAAGGUUGCGAAAAUCUUUAUUCCCUACGCAAUGCGUGCCAAGAAGGUCGACAUGAAGCAACUGAAACACUGCACAUGGAAAAUGCUUUCAGAAAAAACUCCUGAAGGCGAAAAGGAAGAAGUAGCCCCCACGACAUUCUUCUCCGUAUAUUCUCGAUUACCUAAUAAACUGUCAACUAAUAUGCGCGAAUCUCUCAGCGUGCCUUUAGCAUUAUUGUCUAUGCUACACAUAGCCAAUGAAAAGGGCCUGAUCUUGGAAAAGCGAGACGAUCUGAAAGAUAUCGGAAUAUUGGGCCUAAUUAAAUGAAUUUAGCACAAUUUCGUAAUUAGUAUAAUGUGCAGUCAACAACGAAAGUUCAUGAACAGUCAGUUUUACAAGCCAUAAACGACAAAAUGCAAUAAGAUUUAGCAAUAGAACAUAAUUAGUUAAACACUUUUACUGACAAAUAUAAUGUCGCUGAAUAUGCACGUAUCAAUUUGUACCCAUCUAAAAA